ACCCCGAAGAAGUCCACGCGGAUGAUAAAUCGCGGUGUUUUAAUAAUCGAUGAAAAAAGAAGAGGAAUUCAAAAUUAGCGUAUAUUGAAAAGACUCAAUACCAUUUACUAGAUACUAACUAUAAUGUUUCUCUGAGGACAAAAGCACCGAAUCGACCAAGUUUCAGAUUGAGAUCUCAAAUAUUUAUGUAAGAGCAUCGGGAGCAGCUGACACGUCUCCAACAAAAAUUAUCAACGGGGAGAAAUGACAGGUGAACUAGAAGUGAAAAGUUAAAAUUGAGUAAUAAUACCUUGCAAAAACAUACGUCGCGGACGCCGAGGGAACUCGUGCUAUUCGCGAAGAUGGAUCACUGGAAAAUGUUCGCUUUCUUUUUCGUCGGAAGUUUUUUUAAAGAUAUCCGAGCGAUCAACAUCAAGGACGUGAGAAUACCGAAGGUGGUCAAAGAGGGAACGGAGGAGCCGAUUAUUCUGGACUGCAACUACGAUAUGGGAACAUCAUCCAACACUGGUCUCACGAUAAAGUGGUACAUCGGACCAGAGCUGCUGUACCAAUGGGUUCAGGGAAGUCCACCACGUGCCUCCGACGAGUUUCACAAGUACGUCGACGUGUCCUACAAGGCCAGCAACAACUCCAACACCAUGUACAGGGCCGUGAAGCUGGUCAGACCCGGGCUCGAGCUUUCCGGGAACUACAGGUGCGUCGUCUUCACUCACGACGACGAGGUCGAGGCGGAAGAGAGGAUGGUGGUGUACUCGCCUGAAAAUUACUUCACCGUACAUCAGGAUCACAAAAGUACGGGUGCAUCGAAAUCUGAGCUUAUCGUCACCUGUCUGGCCAAGGGCUUGUCUCCCCUGCCAACGAUAACGCUACGACAGGACAAAGAAGAAAUCUUCCAACAGACAGCCAUCGUUCCUCGUCCUGACGGACGGUAUGAAGUCAAAUCAAUCGCCAUCAUGGAUGCGAAGAGGCUUCGACCUCCUGUGACGUUCAAGUGCGAGGUUCACAUCGAAGACGCCAACUACACGAACUUCAAGGAGGUCGUCUACAGCGGAUCUGACGCUCCGCUACCUCGAACCUUCGUCCUUGCAGUCAUCUUCGUUGUAUCGAUUUUCAUCGCUGGUAAUCAAUAGUGAUCUGUUCGUAUGAGUGGUCCUUACAAAGUGAAUGAGUGGUAAAGACGCGUAUUUUCGUGGGAC